AUGUCAUCUUCCAAGCGUAUUGCAAAAGAAUUAAGUGAUUUAGGGAGAGAUCCUCCAGCUUCGUGCUCCGCAGGUCCUGUAGGAGAUGACUUGUAUCACUGGCAAGCCUCUAUCAUGGGUCCCUCAGACUCUCCCUAUGCGGGUGGCGUUUUCUUUUUGUCUAUUCAUUUUCCUACUGAUUAUCCCUUUAAACCACCAAAGGUGAAUUUUACGACUAAGAUUUAUCAUCCAAAUAUUAAUUCGAGUGGUAAUAUUUGUCUGGAUAUUUUAAAGGACCAAUGGUCACCGGCGCUAACGCUUUCAAAGGUCCUUUUGUCUGUUUGCUCUCUUUUAACAGACGCUAAUCCAGACGAUCCUUUAGUUCCAGAAAUUGCACAAAUAUACAAGACAGAUAAAGCUAAGUACGAAGCCACCGCUAAGGAAUGGACUAAAAAAUAUGCUGUUUGA